GCCUUGAACUAUCCCAGUUUAGUUUGUCUUGAACUAUCCCAGUUAGUUUGCCUUGAACUAUCCCAGUUAGUUUGUCUUGAACUAGUAGUCUUCAAUCCUGGGUUUUGGAUUUGACCAGCCGUGGGCUCAGAUCCAGAAACCUGACGUGGCGAUGCUGAGAUUUUGGGUUCUGUGUCUGUCUGUGAGUGUUCUCAGUGUAGGCGUUCUAACUCUGAUCCCCCAAAAACACGAGAUAGAAAAUGAGGUACAACAUGACGUGGAACAUGUGCGUGGAACACGGACCGUGGAACAUGAAGCGAGGGAACCCGAUAAAAUCAAUGCAGAGACUCUAGCAACCCACCAACCUGCCACAUACACUCCUAAAAUGGACACACAUGCCACAGUCCCAACUCUGACAGACAUACCUCUUACAGAAACAACUGUGAUAGGUACAGCUAUUACGGAGUCAGACGUACCUGUGGUCGCCACAUUUCUUUCAUCAGCCCUACCCCUCACCUCAUUACCGUAUGAUGAAGAAGGCAGGGUUCAGGAAAAAGGCAGGGAGGACGAGAAUCCAAGAAUUGAAGAGGAGGAGGAGAAGGGGAGAGUGAGGGAUGAGCAGAUGAGAAAGGACAGAGAGAUGGAGGCGAGCAGAGGGAGGAGAGGAGUGACGGGAAGGAGACAUGCAGCAACUGUAGAGUCCACUGCAUACAGAGUGGCAGGUCUGGGGCGCCCCCUACCUGGCUGGAAGAAGCGAGGCACAAAUGGGGGAGCUGAACAGGAAGGUAUUCUCAGGACCAUACUAAAGGAACUACACAGUGAUAAGGACAGACUGAUGGACACAGAGAAGGCAGAGGAAGAGGAAGAUGAGGAGGAAGAAGAAGACGACGACGAUGAAGAUGAAGAUGAUUCUGAAGAGGAGGAAGAGGAGGAGGAGGAAGAGGAAGAGGAGGAGGAAGAAGAGGGGACAGAGUCUCCCACCAAUCAGACAGUAGCAAGGACCAGCUUCACAGAGUCUCUCCCAGGGACGUGUCAAACGUCUAAAGGACAAAUAAGCUGCAGGGGUGUUGGCAUGAAUCACCUCCCAAUCAUCACCGACCUUGGGGUCACGACCCUGGACCUGGCAGAGAACACAUCAGUCUUAUUGCCUCGCGGGGUUUCUCUGGUCUUCCCAACCUGGAGACUUAACCUAGAUGAUAACCAGCUGACACGGAUCCCACUGCUGCCACCGUCACUGGAGGAGCUCAAGAUGAAUGACAACAAGAUCACCAGACUCACUCCUUACAGCUUCA